GACGCUGCACCGGGGCACCGGGCUGACUCGACGCGACAGCCGCAGCGACGCUUUAGGAACUCGCGUCCUUCCUCGAGCUUCCAGACGCGCACAGGGACACGGCGCCCGUCUCCAGCGUCGCGGCCCGCGCCGUCCUCCCGCACCGCCCGUGGCGCCGGACAACUCCAGCCUGCAGAGGCCUGGCGGUAUUCGUGAGUUGCGGCAGCGAGGUUAGAGUGAGGGCUGGCUGGGCUGGCUGGCUGCCGGAGUAGGCCGUAGCCUCCCUCAUGGACAACGGCGACCACAACGGGCUGGUGUCGGAAUGCAGGGUCCCCAUCCUGACCUAUGCCAGUGCGGGCGGUGCGGGCUCGCAGGGUCAGGGUUCUCCUGUCGGGGAAGCAGGCGUCGGCUCGCGAGGAGCGGGCAAGGUCGCAGGAUGGACUCCGCUGCUCGUGGUCGCGGCCGCGGUGACGGCGCUGGGCUCCGCGCUGCCGGUCGGCUACAACAUCGGCGUCAUCAACACGCCGGCCGCGAUCAUCAAGGUGUUCUGCAACGAGAGCGUGGCGGCGCACUACGGCGGCGACCUGGGUGACACGCAGCUCGAAGUGCUGUGGUCCAUCAUCGUGUCCGUGUUCCUGGUGGGCGGCAUGACGGGCUCCAUGUCCGGAGGCUGGGCGGCGGACCGCAUCGGCCGGAGGGGCGCCAUCGGCGCCACCAUCGUACUCAACUUGGUGGCGGCGAGCAUGUUCGUGGCCUGCAAGGCCACCAACUCGGUCGAGCUGCUGCUCCUGGCCAGGCUGGUGGUGGGCUUCUCGUCCGGGCUCAGCACCAGCGUGGUGCCCAUGUACCUCACCGAGCUGGCGCCCAUCCACCUCCGCGGCGCGCUGGGCGUCGUCUGCCCGCUCGGCAUCAACAUCGGCGUCCUGGCCGGCCAGUUCGCGGGGCUGGACUGGAUGCUGGGCACGGCCGACUCGUGGCACCAGCUGCUCGCGCUCUUCGGCCCCAUGUCGCUGGUGGGCGGGCUGCUGGUGCCCGUGCUGCCCGAGUCCCCCAAGUACCUGUUCCUGGUGCGCGGCGAGGAGGAGCGCGGCGUGCGCGAGUUGGCGCGCAUCCGCCGCCAGCCGGAGGAGCGCCUCAGCGAGGAGCUGCGCGCCAUGCGCAUGGCCAGCAAGGACGACGCGCAGGCGGAGGCGAAGGAGCCGCAGCAGGGCGAGUGGACCGCCGCCAGAGUCCUCCGCGCCCCCGAGCUGGUGCUGCCGCUGCUGCUGGUGUGCGCGCUGCAGGCCGGCCAGCAGCUGAGCGGCAUCAACGCCGUCUUCUACUACUCCAACUCGGUGUUCCGGACGGCGGGCCUCAACGACGUGCAGACCCAGUACGCCACCCUGGGCUGCGGCUGCGUCAACCUGGCCACCAGCCUGCUGGCCCUGCCGCUCGUCAACGGCUGCGGCCGCAGGGUGCUCAUGCUGCUCAGCACGCUCUCGGCCUGCCUCUGCCUCGUGCUGCUCGGCACCUCCAUCAUGACCAUCAAUUCCAUAUCAUGGAUGCCCUACGUAGCUAUCGCCUCUGUGCUCCUCUAUGUUCUUGUUUAUGGUCUCGGAAUGGGCCCUAUUCCAUACUUUAUUGGUUCAGAACUCUUUGAUGUCGGACCUAGACCUAUUGGUAUGGCUCUUGGAAGUUUGUCGAAUUGGGGUGGAAACUUCAUUGUCGGAAUGUCUUUCCCAACCAUUCAGUCAGUUAUUGGCCCUGCCUCUUUCUAUGUCUUUGCCACAAUCACUGCUGCACAAGCAAUCCUGCUCAAAUUUUAUCUUCCUGAGACAAAGGGCCGUGACACCGCUGAAGUUGCUGACAUGCUCAGACUAGGAUUCAAGAGUAAGGUGGCAAAAAGUGUGAAGCCAACAACUAAUAUUCAGCAUAAUUCCGCGUGAAUUCUAUGAGAGACUAAGUUGAGAUCUGUUUUUCAGCCAGGAUCUGCUAAUGUUACUUAAUCAGGGUAAUUUAUGACACUGAGUUAAUGAACUGCCAAUUCUGGAGUUAUUUGUUUUUAUAAACUGACCGAAAUUUGCUGUACUACUGCAAUGCACAUAAUACUGCUUAAGAAAAGAAGCCUGAUUGGUUUGCUUUGCUUGCAAAUGACUGUGAUUGACUUAGGGUAAACCAUGUGAUUUUGUUACUCUAAUUUUACAUUUUGAGAGGCACUAGUGCCAGUUUUGAUUUUCAACUUGAUUCAUUAGGAUCAUGUGUGUUGUUAAGAUAUUUGAACUAUGCACAAAUGUACUUUUUCCAUGACAAAUGAAUCUCUGUUUCAUGUAAAAUAUUUUUAAUGUUCAUAUUUUGACUACUUCAUAUUUAUAUAUUUUUGAUUUUUGAGAUGUAAUUAGAUUCUACAAAGGGACUUAUUAAGUGGGGAUUUUACCUCGAUUAGCACCCCCAAUUGUCUUCCAUACUGUAUCUUAAGCAUCUAAGCAUUCUGAGAAUGUGUCCUGAAUGUUUUUGUGCAGUUAUUUCUUUCAUUUACACCAUGACUUUACAGGAACACAAUCUUGAAUUAAGAAAGACAGUAUUUCUCAUGGUGGGGUAAAUACAUUUUCAUUUUCUCAUUUGAUGUUGAUGCUCAUUAUGGCCUUAUCUACUUUUUCACCUCUAUUUAAAAUAUUUGCAGUCUGAACUUGCACAGUUUUGCACUGAUUGUGUUAUUUGACUGACGAAAUAAAGUCAAUACCAUUUGCUUA